AUGCAUCAUCAAGAACACCUCGAGCAAAUCCGUCCAGACUCACCCACCUCCCUCGAGGACUCGCUCUCUGAAGGAAGCGUCGACUCCCUUUCUGUCGGCUCGACAGAUUCUGCAGACAUCCCUGAUCCCCUCUUCCACCACGGCUUGAACAACAAUAAUAAUAACAACAACGCACGCCCACCUAGUUCCGACCGGAAUCAAUCCUCCUCUAUCCUCACCCAUCCCACCAGUCCAUCCUCCAAUGGCCUCAGGAGCAGGAACGAACAACAACACCUCAUAACAAAACCAAAGGCACUCACGCCACGUCUCUUGAACACCUUCGACAGUCCUAUGAUGGCCACCCCUCCUCUUUCCCCCACACGACAACCUGCUCCUUGCGAUUUCACUCAGGAGUCAUCUGUUCAAGUGUCCUCUCAAGAAUCUCAUCCUGCCGUCUCUGUCGCCACCACCCCUACUGCGGCUACAGCCGCAACUGCAGCUCCUGAAAGAUCGUCACCCACCAAGGCUCACAAGUCUGGAUCAAGUAGCAACGGAAGUGGAAACCAUGGUAACGGAGGAGGAGGACAAGGCGACCGGAGAAGAAACCAGGCAGCAGCCCGCUCAAGAGCAGAGUCUGCACCUCCUACUGCAAGGACAGCUUGGCCUGAUCGACCUCCCGUUGAUCCCACAGGACCUGUUGUUUCUGUUGAGCCUCCCCGGAUACCAAACCAGCACCCAUCGGCCCAGCCCGUGUCGGCCUGGAACUCGCUUCUCACUGGUGUGUCGCCAGUUCGUGUCAACCCUCGACCCGUCGUCAGACCCCCAACACGGUCCAAUGUUUCACCCUCUUCUAACGAACAACGGCGUCUUCAAGAUGUGCCUAUCAUGCUGUCGCCUGAGCGGGAAGGGAGGUUGACGAUGGAGAUGUACAGUCUCUUUGAGACCAUCUUACCCACCGAGGAGAGCCAUCAGCGUAGGACGCGGCUCAUCGGCAAGAUUGAGGAGAUUGUGGAGACAGAGUGGCCAGGACAGGAUAUCAGAGUGCUGCCAUUUGGGUCGACCAUCAAUGACUUGGGUACCAACACAAGCGACGUUGAUAUCUGCAUCUUGACUUCGUGGCUCGGAUUGCAGGGUGUAGAGAUGUUGGCUGAGGUGUUCCGCAAGCACGGCAUGGAGAAUGUUUUCUGCGUCCCUGGCGCACGAGUCCCCAUUGUCAAGCUAUGGGAUCCUGAACUGCAAUUGUCGUGCGAUAUGAACAUCAAUACUCAGUUGGGCAUCAUGAAUUCCAGGAUGGUGAAGACCUAUGUGGCGAUCGACCACCGUGUGCGCCCCUUUGCUAUGAUUAUCAAACACUGGGCUCGCAAAAGAGUCCUCAACGAUGCAGCUAAUGGAGGUACCAUUUCGACAUACACCUGGAUCUGCAUGGUGAUCAACUUUUUGCAAAUGCGGUCGCCGCCCAUUUUGCCGUCCUUGCACGACAUGCCGCACGAGCUCUCUCCAGACAACCAGGUCAUCAAUGGAAACAACACGUCAUUCUUCAGCGACUUGGCCAAGUUGGAGGGCUUUGGCAGCGCCAACAAAGAGUCACUAGGAGGACUUCUUUACGCCUUCUUCAGAAAGUUCGCCAUUGAGUUUGACUAUGACCACCAUGUGGUCUCGGUUCGUCAUGGCUGCUAUCUGACCAAGGAGUCCAAGGGUUGGCACUUGCCCGGAAAGCACUACAGGCUGCUCUGUGUGGAGGAGCCGUUCGACACCAGCCGAAACCUGGGAAACUCUUGUGACAUGGCCAGUAGCAAGGGAUUGAAGCAUGAGUUCAAGAGGGCGCUGGAUAUCCUGAACCACAAUGGUAGUCUGGAUCAGGUAUGCGAGCAGUGGAUCUUCCCCUCGAGCUAUUACCACAACACCAACAAUGGAUACAGGAACUCGAACGGCAACGGACAGUUUUCGGGCAACAAUACGGCGUCGCUUGGAAGGCGCUAUGCUGCCGGAUAUCGGUCUCGCCCGCACACUCGGGAUACUUUUGAUCGCAACGGGAGUCACAACAACGGCAACAACAAUGGAGGAGGAGGUGGAUCUGAUGGAUCAAGCGGGUCUUCUGAAAAUUAUAAGUCCAAUCGCUCGUACAACUCGUCUUCUUCCAACGCCAGCAACAGCAGCAACGGUAACGCGGAGGGCCGACAAGACAGGAACUACUAUGAAAGGCGACCUCGAUCCAGCUCUGCCUCGGUUGCGACCUCGUCGUCUCUUCCUACGCCUCGACUCGUUGAAACUUUAUUGGAAGAUGUCAAGGAACACGGUGCGCAAGCAGAGAAGUCUUUGGAGGGGGAGCCAGUGUUAGAGUUGGCAAAGAGUGAGUCGGCCGGGAAGAACGACACCACGGGCCCCCAUCAUACUGGAUCCAAUCGACUUCGUCGCGCCAGCGUACACUCGUCGGACAGUACUUCCGGAUCCGGAUCGCAUUCAUCGUCCACGAAACAAGGCGACAAGCCCAAGGCCCAAGGAUCUCCAACGUCAGUGAACAACUCUCAACGUCGGGGCAAGCCAUCAGCAACCAAAGGAAACAGCAGUGAGGGACCCAAGAGCAACAACACCAAUGGUAGCAGCAACCAUGGCGGCAGUGGUAGCAGUCACGGUCGACAGAAGAAUGGUCGAUCUGGCAAUGGAAGCCAUCGCGAGAGUGGUGGGCAUGGGAGCAAGGCACCUCGCGCGACUGUAGAGCUUUGUUUGGCUGAUAUUGCAAAGACGACACCUCAUUUGUUUGCUGGCAGCAAGUCUGAGACGUCACUGCCCGAGUCUUCGGAUGCCCCUUCUUCAGUUUUUGUUGGUGCUGGAAGUGAUGUGUUGGAAGUUGCUGCAGACGCUGCGAAGAAGAAGAAGACGGGCAAGAAGAGUUUGCUUUGGUCGACUAACUCGAACCGAGGAGAGUCUGGCCCCAACCAGCAUCAUCAUCAUCACCAACAGCACCAUGGCCAUCGUGCAUCGAAGCUUCAGGAACACCACAAUCAUAACCACAGCCACAGCCAAAAGACGACAAGCCAUUCGACCAAGACCAAGACGACACGGGUCGAUGAGGCUGGCCCUCUAGGUGACUCUACCGGCGACACCCUUCCUCGAUCCUCAUGA